AGAAAAUUAAAGACUCAACUUUUUGGGGUCUGAAAGGAGAAAUUCCUCAGUCAUUCUGAGGGCAGAGGAGGAAGCACAUCCUGAGGGAGCUGAUUCUGAGUGAGUCCCCAGCCAGGAGGACAAUGGGACAGCUUCAGGUGCCAGCACUUAUCCUAGUUAUCAUUUUGGGAGUUGCCCAGUCUCAAGAGCCGGACUUCAGCUCUGGUUGUGCAGAAGGCAGCUGUUAUCCAGCCACCGGUGACCUCUUAAUAGGACGGGCAGAACAACUUUUCGCCUCCUCCACAUGUGGGAUCCAGAAACCUGAACCUUUCUGUAUUGUCAGCCAUCUCCAGGAUGAAAAGAAAUGCUUCACAUGUGAUUCCAGAACGCCCUAUGACGCCGAGACUAACACAGAGAGCCAUCGUAUAGAAAAUGUAGUCUCUACAUUUGACCCAAAUCGCUCAGAUUACUGGUGGCAGUCAGAAAAUGGUCUGGAAAAUGUCACCAUCCAGCUGGAUCUUGAAGCGGAAUUCCAUUUCACUCAUCUCAUCAUGACCUUUAAGACUUUCCGAUCAGCUGCAAUGUUGAUUGAGAGAUCAUCAGAUUUUGGGAAAACGUGGAACGUAUACAGAUAUUUCGCCUAUGAUUGCGAGUCUUCCUUCCCUGGAAUCUCCAACGGCCCAAUGAAAAAAGUCGAUGAUAUCAUCUGCGACUCGCGAUACUCUGAUAUUGAGCCAUCUACAGAGGGAGAGGUUAUUUUUCGUGUCUUAGACCCAGCUUUCCGCAUUGAUGAUCCAUACAGUACUAGAAUUAAAAGUAUGCUGAGAAUUACCAACCUGAGAAUUAAAUUCUUGAAGCUCCACACUUUGGGAGACAACCUGCUGGAUUCCAGAGUGGAAAUCAAGGAAAAAUACUACUAUGCCAUUUAUGAUAUGGUUGUCCGUGGCAAUUGCUUCUGCUAUGGACAUGCCAGUGAAUGCGCCCCUGUUAAAGGUUACUAUGACAGUGUUGAAGGAAUGGUCCACGGCCGCUGUGUUUGCAGACAUCACACAAAAGGUUUAAAUUGUGAGCAGUGCAUGGACUUUUACAACGAUUUGCCUUGGAGACCCGCAGAAGGUCGGAGCAGCAAUGCUUGUAAAAAAUGUAAUUGCAAUCAACACUCCACACAUUGUCAUUUUGACAUGGCUGUUUAUAUGUCAACUGGAAAUACCAGCGGUGGGGUAUGCGAUGACUGUCAGCACAACACAAUGGGACGCAACUGCGAGCAGUGCAAGCCGUUCUUCUAUCAGCACCCAGACAAAGACGUCCGGGACCCAAAUAUAUGCCAGACUUGUAAUUGUGACCCAGCUGGUUCUCAAAAUGAAGGCAUAUGUGACCGCUACACUGACUUCUCAGUUGGCCUCAUUGCUGGACAGUGUCGCUGUAAAGCAAAUGUUGAAGGUGAACGUUGUGACCGGUGUAAGGAAGGGCACUACGAGCUAAGUGCAGAAGAUCCAGAUGGAUGCCAACCUUGUGGAUGCAGUCCUCUGGGGACCAUACCUGGCGGUAAUUCCUGUGACUCUCAAGAUGGAAACUGUUAUUGCAAGCGUUUUGUGACAGGAAAGAAGUGUGACCAGUGCAUGCAAGAAUUCUGGGGACUGAGCAAUGAUUUGGAUGGCUGUCGGCCCUGCGAUUGUGACCGCGGUGGAUCACUUGACAAUAACUGUUCUCCUGAGUCUGGCCAGUGCCGCUGCAGACCACACAUGAUUGGCCGCCAGUGCAAUGAAGUGCAAUCUGGAUUCUAUUUCAUCUCUUUAGACCAUUACAUCUAUGAAGCCGAGGAUGCAGAUUUUGGACCUGGCGUAAGAACUGUGGAGAGGCAGCUCCCUCAAGAUCGCACUCCUUCCUGGACAGGACCUGGUUUCGCCAACGUUCCAGAAGGAGCCUACUUGGAAUUUCAUAUCCACAAUAUCCCAACCUCUAUGGAGUAUGACCUCUUGAUUCGUUAUGAGCCACAGCUUCCAGAACAAUGGGAAGAAGCAGUGAUUACCAUCAUACGUCCUGGAAAGAUUCCCACAAGCAGCAGAUGUGGUAACACCGUGCCCACUGAUGACAACCAGAUUGUGGCAUUACCACCAGGAUCUCGGUAUAUUGUCCUUCCUCGUCCCAUAUGCUUUGAAAAAGCCCUGAAUUACACGAUAAGACUGGAACUGCCUCGGUAUUCCAUCAAUUCUAAUGUGGACAAUCCUUAUACAUUAAUUGACUCGAUUGUUUUGCUGCCUCAUGUCAAAUCCCUGGACUUAUUCAGCAUGGGAGGCUCAGGCGAGGACAUCAGCAACGCCUGGCAGACCUUCCAGAGAUACAGAUGUGCAGAAAACAGCCAGAGUGUUGUGAAAACUCCACAAACUGAGGUCUGCAAAGACUUCCUUCUCAGUAUUUCUGCAAUCCUACAUGAAGGUGCCCUGGAAUGCCACUGUGACCCACAAGGCUCCUUGAGUGCUGUAUGUGACCCAAAUGGAGGACAAUGCCAAUGUCGCACAAAUGUUGUUGGUAGGAACUGUGAUAAAUGUGCCCCAGGGACCUAUGGAUUUGGACCUAAUGGAUGUAAACCUUGUGAGUGUAACCUGAAAGGAUCUUCUCAUGCCUUCUGCCACGUGGAGACUGGUCAGUGCCCAUGCUUCCAUGGUGCCUUUGGACGUCAGUGUGAUGAAUGUUUGCCUGGUUACUGGGGAUUUCCUAACUGUCAACAAUGCCAAUGUAAUGGGCAUGCAGAUGAAUGCAACCCACUCACUGGAGAGUGCACCCACUGUAGAGAUCAUACUGAAGGCUACAGCUGUGACAGGUGUACAGCUGGCUAUUAUGGUGAUCCCAGGUUAGGCUCAGGUGAUCACUGCAGACCUUGCCCAUGCCCUGACGGACCUGGUAGUAGACGGCAAUUUGCCAGUGGAUGCUACAAAGAUCCUUCAACUGAGCAUGUCAUAUGUUCAUGCAACAAAGGCUAUACAGGUGUUAGGUGUCAUGAGUGCGCCUCUGGUUAUUUCGGAAAUCCAGAAGAGAUUGGAGGAACAUGUCAACCAUGUAAUUGCAACAAUAACAUAGAUAUGUCGGAUUCACUUGCCUGUGACAAGCGCACCGGAGUGUGUCUGAAAUGUCUCCAUCACACAGAGGGCGAGAACUGUCAUCAGUGUCAACUAGGCUACUACGGAAAUGCCUUCCAACAAGAUUGUAAAAAGUGCGUCUGUAAUUACCUGGGUACUGAUCAGAAUUACUGCCAGGGAGACGAGAGCUGCCACUGUAAUAUUACCACAGGGCAAUGUCCAUGUUUGAGCAAUGUGAUUGGACAGAGCUGCGAUCACUGUGCACCAGAUACCUGGAAUCUAGCUAGUGGAAAUGGGUGUGAGUCAUGUGGCUGUGAUCCUGCCCGUUCCUUGGGCUCAUCCUGCAAUCAGUUUACAGGGCAGUGUCAUUGCAUGUCUGGCUUUGGUGGCAGAAACUGCAGUGAAUGUCAAGAACUUUUCUGGGGUAAUCCAGAUGUUGAAUGCCAAGCUUGUGACUGUGACUCAAGAGGUAUACAGACCUCUCAGUGUGACCGAUCCACUGGACACUGCAUCUGCAAUGAAGGAGUAGAAGGAGUGCGUUGUGAUAAAUGUGCACGUGGUUACUCUGGCAUUUUCCCAAAUUGUGUACCCUGUCAUAAGUGCUUUGCCCUCUGGGAUGUCAUCAUCAAGGAACUCUCCAACAGGACAAAUACAAUUUUAGACCGCGCCAAUGCUAUGAAAGUCACUGGAGUCAUUGGACCUUACCAGAAGACCGUCGAUAGAGUUCAGGCAAAAUUGGAGGAAAUUCAAACCAUCAUCUCCCAGAGCCCUGCCACACAGCCACUGAAAAACAUUGAUAGUCUUUUUGAAGAAGCAGAGAAAAUGAAAUCAGAGUUGCUGGAGAAAGUUACAGAAGUAGAAGAGAAGCUUGCAGAGAUCAGCCUCAAUGGUUCUGACCAAGUCGCCGCCCUGCAGGCAGAUGCCGAUGGUGUCAGCAAAGCACUGAAACAACUUGGAGAGCAGCUGGAGUACAUGAAGAUUUCCAAUGUUCGAGGCGCUAUGGACAGCAUCAACAAGUAUUUCCAGAUGUCUCUAGAGGCAGAAGAAAAGGUCAAUGCCUCAGCCAUCAACCCAGAUAGCAUUCUAGAGCAUUCAGCUGCUACACGGAGGGAAGUGGAAGAUCUCAUCGAUGAAAAGGAAACUGUUUUUAAGCAAAUACAAGAUGAGCAGUCACGCAUUUUGGAUGAACUUGCCGGUGAGAUCCAGAAUUUGGACCUUUCUUCUGUGUCUAAAGAGACCUGUGGAACCCCAAUUGGCGCAUUAUGUGAAGAUUCACAAUGUGGAGGGCUGGGCUGCACAACAGAAGAUGGCGAGAGGAAAUGUGGUGGGGACGGCUGUGGUGGGCUGGUGACCGUGGCUCAUAAUGCAUGGAAAACAGCCAUGAACUUUGACAGAGAGAUUCUGAGUGCUAUGGCAGAAGUAGAGGAGCUCUCUAAACUGGUUGCUGAGUCGAAGCUGAAGGCAGAGGAAGCAAAACAAAAUGCCCAAAGUGUUCUCAACAAAGCAAAUGCAACAAAGGACAAAGUUGACAAAAGCAAUGAAGAUCUAAGAAAUCUCAUUAAACAAAUAAGAGACUUCUUAAUGCAGGAUGGCGCUGACCUAGACAGUAUAGAAGCUGUUGCCAAUGAGGUUCUAAAAAUGGAGAUGCCAACCACUCCUGAACAGUUACAGGCCUUAACAGAGGAUAUACGUGAACGUGUGGAAAGUCUUUCUGGAGUGGAAACAAUACUUCAACAAAGUGCUGGAGAUAUAGCAAAAGCAGAGACUCUUUUAGAAGAAGCCAAACAGUCCAGCAAAUCUGCAUCGGAUAUUAGGGCUACAGCUGACCUGGUGAAAGAAGCCCUGGAGGAAGCGGGCAAAGCCCAAAGUGCAGCUGAAAAAGCCAUUAAACAAGCAGAUGACGACAUAAAAGGAACAAAUAACCUACUCACUUCCAUUGAAUCUGAGGCGGCAGCAUCUGAAGAAACCUUAAAUAACGCAACCCAACGUAUUGCAAAUCUUGAAAAAAGUCUUGGAGAGCUACUGAAAAAGUCAGCUGCCAAUUCUGCAACUCUGAAUUCCAUAGAGAAAUCUUCGGAGGAUGCUAAAGCUAACGCAGAUGGUGUUAAGAAGGUCUUAGAUGACGAACUUAGUAAUAAAUAUAAGAAAGUUGAAGACCUAAUAGCAAAGAAAGCUGAGGAUUCAUCCGAAGCCAGAAGAAAAGCAGAACAACUUCAGAAUGAAGCUAAAGCCUUGUUAUCGAAAGCAAACAAGAAGCUUAACUUACUAAAAGAUUUAGAAAAAUCUUAUGAAGAUAACCAAAGAAUAUUGGAAGAAAAAGCCAAAACGCUUGUAGCUUUGGAAGAUCAAGUCAGGUCACUCUUACAGGCCAUCAGCCAAAAAGCAGCAGUCUACAGCACAUGCUUAUAAGUCAGAUACUAAUAUAAACAGAAUGGGACCAAUGGUUCUCUAAUUUAUUGGCUCUUUAGUAGAACCUAAGAAAAGACCUUUUCUUCUCUAUUUUAUGAAAUAAAAGAAAAAUUUGAGUUAUCACUUUGGACACCAAUGCAGUAUUUUUAACAUUGCACGUUUAUAUUGCCAUCUGCUAAUAGAAAGCAUUUUACUAUCACUUAGCAUUUUAUUUUAUAGCCAUUAAUCUACUUACACUAGAUGUAGGAUUUCUUUGUGCACACCAAUAUUCUUCUAACAAAUCCUUUAACACCUUGUUGUCCAAUUACAAAACUAAAAUAUGCCAGUAUCCUGCACACAAUGGAAAUAAAAUUUCCUAAAAAUUUUAUAUUUCACAUGAGGUGUGCUUUGCCCCAUCGAUGUGCCUGGCAUCAUUAUGGAGUCUUUAGCUGUAAAUGCCUCCUCUCCAUUGUGAGUAAUGGGUGACCUCCACUUAUUCAAUAUAAAAAAAUUAUAUAUAUAUAUAUAAUAAUAUAUAUAUUAUCUCCAGCCAGGCAGAUACUGUAUAUGCACCAAAUAAUCUAAAUAAAGAACAAACAAU